AUGCCAUCAACCCGGCCAGGCCUUGAUGCGCGCAGGUCAACGCUUCAUUACACGACCUUCCCAACUAUCCCCCCUAAAUCCCGCGGCCGACCACCAUCUGACGCCCCGUCCGGUCAAGAUGGCAACCGAUCCGAAGACGGCAGCCAUACCCACCAUGAAAAGCCCCUACCGACGAAGCAGCUCAUCGUGCUAGCUGUCAUAGCUCUCGCUGAGCAAACGGCGCUCAACUCAAUAGGCCCUUAUCUGCCUGAGAUGACGAAAUCGUUUUCCGCUGUCAAGGAUGGACAGACAGGUCUAUACGUCGGACUCAUCGCGUCGUCUUUCGCGUUGGCACAAUUCACAACAAAUUUCUUUUGGGGCUGGCUGUCGGAUAAGAUCGGACGAAAGCCGGUAAUAAUCACGGGCACAUUUUUGACCAUGUGCUGUUUUCUGGCCUUUGGCUUCUGCAGGGAGCUAUGGCAAGCUAUACUCGUGCAGGCCCUGAUGGGCUUGGUCAAUGGAAACUCUGGCGUUGUGUCGACGUGUUUGGGCGAGAUUACGGAUCGAAGCAACCAAUCGCGCGCAUUUACCUAUCUGCCCGUCGUCUACGGUAUCGGUGGCAUAACGGGACCGAUCGUAGGAGGACUCUUGGUGCUUUAUCAGAACCCGUUCAACAAGAGCCAGUCGAAUCCCUACCCGUACCUCCUCCCGAACCUCUUUUCGGCCCUCGUCCUCGCGAUAGACCUGAUAGUGUGUAUGCUCUUCUUGGAGGAGAGUUUGGAAGAAGCCAAGAAUCUGCCACCUCUCGGAAAGAGACUGGGCAACUUGUUCUCAUGGAUGUGGCAGUUCUCGAGCUCCACGCGACCUACCUACGUACGACGCCUCCUAGGCAAUCACAAAACCCACAACUCACACGGUGGUGUGGACGAUGUAGACGAGGACGACGCAUCCGACGCCUCUGAAGAAUCUGCGCCUACACUAUUCCCACACAGUAGCGGCGACGAACUUACACGGAAGGAGAUCUUGAACCGGGACACAGUCCUGCUUCUCAUAACGUACUUCAUAUUCCAGCUCGCUAACAUCUCCUACAAUUCUCUGUAUCCGAUCUUCGCGGAAGAGCAACCACCUACCGGACGCGGGCUGAAGCCUGAGGCUGUCGGACUAUCUCUGUCAUUCGCAGGCGCUAUAACGAUACUGUUCCAGGUGGGCAUAUUUGGCAGGCUUCGAGACAAGAUGGGCAACAAGAUGGGGUACAGAGUCAGCUUAGGGCUGUUCAUUGCAGCCUUCGGUCUCAUGCCGUUUGUGGGCUACAAAGAGAGCAACGGAUACAAGGGCAUUGGUACGGGUGCUGGUUGGUUGUGGUUUGAGCUCGGCGUUGUGCUGGUUAUCAAAACGAUUGCAGGUGUCGGUGGCCUGACAGCUGCACUCCUUAUGAUCACUAACUCCGCACCCAAUCACAACGUGCUCGGUACGCUGAAUGGCCUCGCUCAGACGCUCUCUGCUGCUGGUCGCGCUGCCGGACCCUUCGUGUCAGGUUCGCUUUUCACAGCAGCUACCAAGUUGAAGCCCAAAGGUGAAGCCCUGCCUUUUGGCAUUUUCGCUGGUAUCGCACUCCUCGGUUUCCUUUUAAGCUUCGGUAUUCGUGGCGAUGGACUGGAAGCCGAAGGGUGGAGCGAAGAUGAUAGCGAAGACGAAGAUGAAGAGGAGGAGAUUGGCGAGGGCGCGAAUGAACGGACUGGUCUGAUACGGAAGUGA